ACAUGUUAGCUAUAUCCGGUGGCUGAACUAAUACUUUAAAAGAUAACAUACAGUUGUUUCACGUGAAGUCUAAAAUAUAAACAAUGUCGCUUUCUACUGCACGGUCAUUCUUGUCAGAGGCCGGUUAUGGGGAACAAGAAUUGGAUGCAAAUUCAGCUCUCAUGGAGUUGGACAAAGGUUUGCGGUCUGGGAAGCUUGGGGAACAAUGUGAAGCAGUGGUCCUCUUCCCCAAACUCUUCCAGAAGUACCCUUUCCCCAUCCUCAUCAACUCUGCUUUUCUGAAACUGGCAGACAUCUUCAGGCUUGGGAACAACUUUCUGCGCCUCUGUGUGUUGAAGGUGACUCAACAGAGCGAGAAGCACCUGGAGAAGAUCCUUAACGUGGACGAGUUUGUCAAGAGGGUCUUCUCUGUCAUCCACAGCAAUGACCCUGUGGCCAGAGCCAUCACUCUCAGGAUGCUUGGCAGUUUGGCUACUAUCAUCCCGGAAAGGAAGAAUGCCCAUCACAGCGUUCACCAAAGUCUGGACUCUCAUGACAACGUCGAAGUAGAGGCAGCCAUUUUUGCAUCGGCCUGCUUCUCUGCACAGUCGAAAGACUUUGCAGCUGGGAUUUGCAACAAAAUCAGUGAAAUGAUUCAAGGUCUGGACACCCCAGUGGACCUGAAACUGAAGCUGAUCCCUAUGCUGCAGCACAUGCACCACAAUGCCAGCCUGGCCUCUAGCAGCCGAGAGCUGCUGCAGCAGCUGGUCACCUCCUACCCCUCCACCCCCAUGGUCAUUGUCACCCUGCACACCUUCACCCAGCUGGCCGCCUCCUCGCUCAUUGACAUCCCCAAACAGUUACAGCUGCUUCUCCAAUAUCUGAAGGAGGACCCCAGGAAAGCAGUCAAGAGAUUGGCUAUCCAGGACUUGAAGCUCCUGGCUAAAAAAGCCCCCCAUCUCUGGAACAGAGAAAACACUCAGACCCUCUGUGAGUGUGCCUUGAGUAGCCCUUACAACAGCCUGAAGCUGGGCAUGCUGUCUGUUCUCUCAACCCUCUCUGGAACCAUCGCCAUCAAACAGUACUUCAACCCUGGAACAGGUGGUGCUUCCGCCCCUCCCCGGCUCACUGACCUGGUUAAGCUGGUGCAGGAAUGCUGUUACCACAGCAACCUGGCCGUCGCUGCCCAUGGAGUCACUGUGCUCGCUAACAUCGCUAUUUCAUGUCCAGAGAAAGACAUGAUGCAGCUGGAGCAGGACACAGUGAUGGGGUUGGAGUCUCUGCUGGUGCUCUGCAGUCAGGAUGACAGCCCCAGAGCUCAGGCCACACUCAAGACGGCUCUCACGUCAUUGGUCCAGCUGCUGAAGAGUCGCCCCCACCUCAGCCAAUCAGCGGUGGAGUUCCUGCUGUGCCAGCUGCACUUGGCCCACGACCCCUCCCGCGUGCUGAUGUGCCACGCCCUGGCGGCCAUCGCCACUCAGUUGCCUGUGCUAGGAGAGGGCAUGCUGGGGGAUCUUGUGGAUCUCUACCGGGUGGCCAGCCACUCGUCCACUGACAAGCAGCAGGAGCUCCUGGUUUCCUUGGCGACGGUGGUGUUUGUGGCUAGCCAGUCGUCCCUGUCGGCAGAGGUGAAGACUGUGAUCAAGCAGCAGCUGGAGAACGUGGCCAACGGCUGGACGGUGUACUGUAUAGCCCGGCAGGCCUCGCGCAUGGGUUGCCAUGAGUUCUCCAGCGAGCUGUACCAGAGCUUGCGGACACGCGUGGCCUCCGAGCACUUCUACUUCUGGCUCAAUAGUCUGAAGGAGUUCUCCCAGGCCGAGCAGUGUCUGAACGGCCUGGAGGACGGAGACUACAGCGCCGCCAUGACGGCCAUCGCUGAGGCUCUGCGCUCCUACCAGAAGGGCAUCGCCUCCCUCACGGCUGCCAGCACGCCCCUAAGCCCACUGUCGUACCAGUGUGACUUUGUGAAACUGCGCAUUGACACGCUCCAGGGACUGUCCCAGCUCAUCUGCACCUGCAACAGCCUGAAGACCAGCCCGCCCCCUGCCAUUGCCACCACCAUCGCCCUCACCUCAGGCAACGAGCUGCAGCGCUGCGGACGCAUCGCCAUGCAGAUGAGGGUGUCCAUGGAUGAGUUCCGGAGUCUUGCUGCCCGCUACGCUGACCUGUACCAAUCCUCAUUUGACGCUGACUCUGCCACCCUCCGUAACGUGGAACUACAACAACAGAGCUGCUUGCUGGUCUCCCAUGUUAUCGAGGCUCUGAUACUGGACCCACAUUCAGCCAGUUUCCAGGACUAUGGGACUCUGGGCUCAGUGCAGACAGAGAGCGAGUAUGAGAGGCGGAUGAUGUCCGUGUUCAACCACGUCCUGGAGGAAGUGGAGGGCCUAAGCAGGAAGCACCCUCCUGUCUCUUACCUGCAUACAGGUUGUCUAUGUGACGCGGUCAUAGCUCUGCUCAAGGUCCCACUGUCCUUCCAGAGGUACUUCUUCCAGAAGCUUCAGUCAACCAGUAUUAAGCUUGCUCUUUCCCCAUCUCCUCGGACCCCGACCGAGCCAAUCCCAGUGCAGAACAACCAACAGCUGACUCUGAAGGUGGAGGGCGUGGUGCAGCAUGGCUCCACCCCCGGACUGUUCCGCAAAAUUCAGUCUGUCUGCCUCAACGUCAGCUCCACUCUCCAGAGCAAGACUGGUGGACCCGAAUACAAGAUUCCACUGGACAGCAACACCAACGAGAUUGAGCAGCGGGUGGAGCCGCACAAUGACUACUUCAGCACCCAGUUCCUGCUCAACUUCUCCAUCCUGGGCAGCCACACGGUCAACGUGGAGGCCUCAGUUGUGGACGAGAGCGGCAUCGAGUGGAAGACCGGGCCCAAGACCACUGUGUCGGUCAAGUCCCUGGAGGACCCUUACGCCCAGCAGCUCCGCCACAACCAGCAGCAGCAGCAACAGGCACAGCAGGCUAGGCCCGAGACGGCCCCGGCCCCCCAGAGGAGUAGUGUAUACGCCCGCUUCCAGUGAUACCUCUAACCCAUUGUGUUGUCCCAUAACUUGUUUGUAUGUUUCCUUUCCUUCGUCAACGCUCAUCUGAAAAGACUGGACUGGAGCAAUAGAGGCAUGAGCAAUGGCUUGGUGAGCUUUCACCCAUCAUUGUGUUCACCUAUCCAUUUUUUUAGGUUAGUGGUCACAAAGGAAUGGAUACAAAGCUAUGGAACGAUAUAAGUAUUAGCACCCCCCACAGGAGGUUUCUUGUCUUGUAGAAUUCCCGGUGACUGUUUACUAAUAUUCUGUCAAUUAUUAAAGGCCACAUUUCAUGGAAGCUCUGCAAUGUGAGUCUUUGUGUGAGUGUGGCUCGAUUGUUGUCAUGAUAUUUAGGGACACUAGGACAAAUUCCCAUUUUAUAUUACAUCUCUGUACCUUUAUU